CGGUCCUGCCCGGCCCGGCCCUGCCCUGCCCCGCCCGCCCCGCCGCGGACGGACUGUCCGCGCUCCCGGCUCCAUCGGCAGGCCGGCGGUGAGGGGCGGGCUCCCGGCGCCGCCAGCAGCUCCUCCCUCCUCCCGGCCCGGGAGCCCCCGGCGGGGUGACAGCCCUGCCGAGCGCAGCCGCCCCGGCCGGGGCUGCGGAGGCAGCGCCGCUCCCCCUCGGCCCGCUCGCUGCCGGGACCAGCGGGGCGGGAGCCGCCGCCCCCGUGCCCGCCAUGUGGAAGCUCAACAAGAGCAGCAAAGUUCUGCUGGACGACUCGCCCGAGGAGGAGGAGACGCAUCCCCGCGGGCCGCCGCCCGCCGCCGCCGCCGCCUUCGCGGCCCCCCAGAAUAAAGACCAGUUUCUUCAUGAUGAAGUGUCAUCUUCAGUGUCACAUCUUGCAACAAAGGUUCAAGGUGCAAGUUUCCGGGGUUGGAAGGAAGUGACGUCUAUGUUCAAUAAAGAUGAUGAACAGCAAUUGCUAGCAGGAUGCAAGUCUCCAAAAUCCAAAGGAACAAAUCUAAAGUUAAAGGAAGAGAUGAAGUCUGAAAAGAAGCCAGGUUUUUGGGACAGUUUGGUGAUAAAGCAGAAUGUUCCACCUAGGAAACCAGAUGAGAUUGAGGGAUGGGAACCACCACAGAUUAGCACUGCUGACUCUACCAGCAAUGCAGCAACUCCUUUAAGUGACUAUGCAGCCUGGUCAGGCUGGGAAGAUGAAACCAAAGGCUCCACAAAAUACACAAACCUGGCCAGCUCAGGAAACAGUUCCCGGUGGAGUAUCAAAUCAGCUGGAAAGCUGGUUAGUAUUAGACGUCAAAGCAAAGGUAACCUUACUGACAACUGGGAAGAGCUAGAAUGAUACUGGUAACGUGAAAUACUUUAUAGAUAAGAAGAGAAAGAUUCCAUGAUUUACUCAUAUGUUUAAACCAAAAUCAAAUCUGCUCGAUCUUGCACCUUUAUACAGUACUUUGUUUUAUUCAGAUUGUUACAAAUUUUUGCUCACCUGAUAGUAAAUUUUCUUAUUACAUUGUUAAAUAGCUAUGUUUUCCACUCUGAAAAAAAAGUAGAGAAUCUAUUUUGUGCCUAUAUUUCACAUUCAGACUUUGCAGUAUGUUGGAUUGUUGGUUUUACCAAAAAAAAAGUAAUUCCUUAGUGAAUGUAUACACUGGUUGUAAAUUUGACUGCCUUAUGUAGGAAGUUCCACUAGCUCGAGUCCUGUUCUUUUCUGAUGUUUGAGGGUCACUCAAAAUUUUGGUUUUGAUGCUGUCCCUUUUUAACCAAGAAUACUGACCUGUUGCUUGCAGGGAGAAUGCUUGUACUUAGCAGACUGUUUUCCAAAUCUUCAGCCUCAGCAUAUGCUUCAGCUUGUGCACACAAGAUGCUUACUGUCACAAUGUGCUAUACUGUGUAUGAAGUGGGAAAAUACUAUUCUAAUGUAGUUCCUUCCAUUAGAAUAAUGUCACCAAUAGUCAGGUCAAAUGGGUCUUCCAGAAUUUGGGGGGGGAUUUUG